CAUAGCGUAUGGCAGCAGGAAUCCAAUCAAGGCCCCAUACGUUGAGGCAGAAGAGAGAGGAGACAAGAGGCUGAAGAUUGCUGGACUCAGCAUCCAACUUGGCUCCAGAAUCCUCAUCCCUCUGCUCCUAGAGGGAGACUGUUACAUCAUGAAGCUCAUUGCCCUCCUUGUCUUCUGCUCCAGGCUGCUGCUCAGUGAGACCCAGCAACUAAACACUGAAGAAAUUGACUGCAACAAUGAGGAUGUGUUUAAGGCUGUGGAUGCUGCUCUGAACAAAUAUAACACCAGGAUCCAAAGUGGCAACCAGUUUGUGUUGCAUCGCGUGACAGAUGUCAAGAAGAUGGUUGGCUCCGAUAUAUUUUACUCCCUCAAGUACCAAAUCAAGGAGGGUGACUGUCCUGUUCAAAACGGCAAGAGCUGGCAGGAUUGUAACUACAGGGACGCUCAGGAAGCUGCCACAGGAGAAUGCACAGCCACCGUCUUGAAGAGGAACAACGAAAGAUUCUACGUGGCAACACAGACCUGCCAGAUCACUCCAGCUGAGGGCCCUGUGGUGACAGCUCAGUAUAACUGCCUGGGCUGCGUGUAUCCUGUGUCCACCAAGAGCCCUGAACUGGAGCCCGUUCUGAGGCACGCCGUUGAACAUUUCAACAACCACACUAAGCAUUCCCACCUGUUCGCUCUUCAGGAAGUCAAAGGGGCCCUAAAACAGGUGGUGGCUGGAUGGAACUUUGAGAUCACCUACACAAUUAUACAGACCAACUGUUCCAAGGAGCAUUUUCUCCUCCUGACUCCAGACUGCAAGUCCCUUUUGAGUGGCGAUACCGCUGAAUGUUUAGAUCAUGCAUACAUGGACCCUCAGCUAAGGAUAACUUCCUUCUCCCAGGAGUGUGACAUUCUCCCAGGGGAGGAGUUUAUUCCACCACCCACCAAGAUAUGCGCUGGCUGUCCCAAGGCCAUACCCGUGGACAGCCCAAUGCUGCAGGAGGUGCUGACUCAUUCCACAAAAAAGCUUAAUGAAGUGAAUAAUGGAACUUCCUUGUUUAAGAUUGACACUGUGAAAAAAGCCACCGUACAGGUGGUGGCUGGACAAAAAUUUGCUAUUGAGUUCACAGCCAAGGAAACCACAUGUUCUAAGGAAAGUAAUCAAGAAUUGACUGAAAGUUGUGAAAUCAAAUCACCUGGUCAAAAUCUAGAAUGCAAGGCUAACGUUCAUGUGAUACCUUGGGAGCAAAAAAUUUACCCUACUGUCAACUGUCAACCACUGGAAAUGGUGUCAUUUAUGAAAAGACCUCCAGGAUUCUCACCUUUCCGAUCAGUACUCAUGGAGCAAGGGAAAGAAGGCACAACUGUAAGUCCAUCCCACACUUUCACGGCACCUGUACAAGAUGAAGAGCAGGAUCCAGAAAAAGAACAAAGAUCCACUCGUGGGCAUGGCUGGUACCUUGAAGAGCAAAAAAAACAUAGCUUUGACCAUGACCAUAAACAUGGGCAUGACCAAACCCCUGGGCACAAACAGGGGCAUGGCCUUGGCCAUGGGCAUAAAAAACAACAUGGCCUUGGUUAUGGACACCAACAGGAACUAAACUAUGAUCUUGAACAUCAAGGAGGACAUGGUCUUAAUCAUGGACAGAAAAGGGGGCGUGGCCUAGCCCUUGGACAAAAAAAUAAGCAUAAGCUUGGUCAUGGCCAUGAAAAAUAUAAAAAUAAAGGCAAAAACAAAGGAAAGCACUCGGAAAGCUCAUCUGAAGAGAUUACCACUUCUGCACAGACACAAGAGAAGACAGAAGGGCCGACAUCCCUGCCUUUCCUAACCCAGGCAGAUAGAGCAGUUACCCUUCCCGUGUUUCAGGACUCAGACCUCUUGGCAAUUACGAUGCCUAACACACCACCAGCUCCCACAGAAAGUGAUGAUGAUUGGAUCCCUGAUGUCAAGAUAGGUUCCAAAAUCCCUUUGUUUAACCUGAUAUCUGACUUUCCAGAAACAACAUCCCCCAAAUGCCCUGGACGUCCCUGGAAACCAGUUAGUGUAGCAAGUCCAUCCACAGAAACAUCAGCAUUUGAUGAUUUCGACCUUGCUGAUGCUCUUGGUUAAUCGGUGCAGCCAUGGGUAUUUCUUUAGCACUUUAUCGCUCCCUUUACCCCUUGUCCAAACAUAAGCAUCCUGAUAUAAGGCACCAAACACCAUACUGCUUCAGAAUAGCCUGAAAAGAAGCAGUGAAAAUCUCGAUGUGGACACUGUUGAUCUCCACAGACUACAUAAAACAACAUGACACAGCCCUAAAUCCUUGCUGGGCUUUCUAAACUAGCCCAGAAACUGGACAUACAAAUGUGCCUUUUGGUCUAAUGCAGUUGCUUCUCUGAUAACAAAUAUGUACCUUAAAAAAGGUGUCAUCAAACUGUUAUACAAAGAUUCUUGGUAUCCCAAACAGAAUGGUCCCUAAAUCCAUGUGAAAAUUAGGGAAAUCAAGAGACUAAAUGCUGGCCUUAUUAAUGGGGAGAGGAUGACAAUAAAACUUCGCCAAGACACCAAAGCAGGAUAACAAGAAAGAUGAGUUGGCCAAAGAGGAGAAAAUGGAAGUGAAUCCAUUGCCUUUCUGCUCGCCACAUGAGCUAACUGUAUCAAGUAGAUACUCCCAUUUGAUAAAGCUGUUCUGAUAAUUGCUUCUCUUGGUGGGAGUGUUUCCCAUAGGUCAAUAUCCUCUGUGUGCUCGUUAACUACUCUGUGUAACAAGAUUUUUCAAAUAGGAGUUUUCUGUAUAUACUUUACCCAGCUAGAUUGAGUAAUCCUUAGUUUGUAGAAAGCCUGAUAAGGAAGAAAAACAGAAACACACUUGCCAGGAAAAUC